AAAUUGUAGUGCAGAGGGCAAUAAUACAUAUCCAAAUAAUAGCGACGUGCCAAUUAAAUUGGCUACUCAAAAAAGACCCGUUCUUGCGUUUCGCAUGACGAGGCGCGACUCAUCCAAUUAAAAAGUCAAUGGGACCCUGUGCACUUCAGAUUCAUCUCCUAGAGAAUAAGAGGAUACGUUUUGAAUGUGGAAUAAAAUAAUUGGAAUGGAGCCUGAUCAGUUUUUGCAUCAUUUAGAAGCCAUUGGAAGCAGCGAUGAUCUUCAACUUCUCAGAAAACUAAUAGGAGUCGCUCUUUCAUUUAACAACUGUACGGAGAGCAAAGAUCACUUAAAAUGGAAGGGUGUCUUAGCCAAGCUACUAAGAAUUUUGACGGAAAACGAGGAAAUAGGAAAGGAGCAAAUUUUACUGACGACUCAUGCAUUUAUGUCGCUCCUCAUGAUGACGUGUACAUUGAAAGAACUCCUGGAGUAUCUAACAUUUUACUUACGUUUGGAAACUGAUCAAUUCCAUUUCUUCGACAAUGAAUAUGAAUUGCGUAACGCUGAGUUGUUUAAAUUAUUAAUAAUCUACGGAUUUUUGCAAGUUAACAAAAAGAAUAUUUAUACCGAUGAAGCUCUCUUACUCUGCUUUGAUAUUAUCUAUGAUAACUGUAUUCGUUAUACAAGAUACUCCUACUUUGCUUAUAAAGUCUUGCAAAAUUGGUUACACAGAACAAUGAAUACAGACUUUUGGAUUAACAGCGAUUCAAGACCUGAGAGGAAAUUGGAAGCUGUGAUAUUUUCUAAUUGGGAUAAUUCUAUUAAAGAGAUCAGCAAACGGAAUGCGACUGUGGUGUUCAAUAUGUAUCUUAAAAUAAUGGAUAUGAGGUACAAGAAGAAUUUUCUUAAAACAGCCUUUGAAUCCUGUGUGCAUAACUUGUCAUGGCAAAACGAAACGAAAUAUGCGAUUCUUGCUGAAAUUUGUUAUGUAACCACCGACAUUUCCUACAUCACCACAAAGGAUUUUAUACUGUGCCUCUUCACCAGUCUGACCAAGAGUUAUUUGCGCAGUGCGGGCACUAGAGUUUACAAUGUCAUCUUGAAUAAACUCGACGAAGAUCAAUGGAUAAAUGUUUUCGGUGAACCUGUUAGGAUUAUCGUCGAUCAAUGGGAGUCGGGAUCAAAAAAAAAUCAUAAUGCAUUGCAAUCACUCUGUAAGCAUUGGUUGGAGCCAACGAUUGAAAAAUUUAGGCAGGUUCUAUCAUACCUCUGGGAAUUUAUUAACGAAUCUAAUGGACUGAUUUAUCGUUCCAAUUUGGAAAGAAUUGCUAGUAAGCUUGGAAUUGUUCUGCCAAAUAAUUUCAUCAGUAAUAACUACCUGGACCACGAAGAAGAAAUUGUCAGAUUAAAUGCUUUCGCCAUCUACUGUCAAAGAAUUUCCACUGUAUCGUACACCGACAGAAGCGAAGAUCCAUUUCUAGCAGUGAAGCAUUUCUUGUUCAUGAAUGCAAAUGCCAACACGACAUUUUUGCGAGAAGGAAUUGGAAACCAUUAUAGAACUUUUAUCAUAAAUCUAAUAAAACUUCAUGGAACUCUGGAGAGUACUCGUCAACAAAUCUACGACGUCUUACAAUGGAUUCACCAGUUUCUUCUGGAUUGUUUUGAAAUUGGCUCCUGUUAUCAGAGAAAGAUUCUCGGCUUGAAUCUUUAUAAGACGAUACUCUUUUAUAUCAAUAGAAGUUGCGCCAAUGAUGGGUUUCUCAAUGAUCCACGCCACAAGGAAUCAUUAAAAUAUGGUCUAGUCCUGGGAGACCGAUUAAAAAUAGAUGGAAAAUGGAAAUUCACUGAUAAACAGAGUCUAGUUCUUUUGCUAAAUCUACUAUUAGAUCCAGCAAAUGAUGUUCGAGACCUUUCUGCUGCUAUUCUUCUGGAACAUUUUGAUAAAGAUUCCCUAACAUAUAUCGAGAAGGAAAUUCUAUUGGACACAGCGAUUAGUAAAUGUAACUCAUCAAAAUUUUUCGAAAUAGAAAGCGGUGCUGUAAUAUUUAAAAUAUUGACAAAUUGGUUGCCUCUUGAAACUAACAACAGGACAAAGAUGUUACAUGAAAGGACAAACGAUAUAUUGAAUUCGCAUAUCAAUUACGUUGAUUAUUUGCUAAAAACUGCAGAAAAUCAACUGGCCAAGAUAAAGCGAGAUAUUUUGAAAGCUGUGGUACAGGGUUCUCCUUUUUAUGGUGUUUUAAUAGCAAUUCUGUCAAUUGGUUUUCGCAGAAGUCCAGAAACUCUUUUGAUCACUGAGCAACUAGCAGAAAAAUUACUUUGUUUAUUGGAAGAGGCUGUCAACUUUUUUCUUUCCGUACUCUCAUCAAAAUCCAAAGACUCUGAAUAUUCAUCCUCCUUCGCUGAAAUGGGAUUGGCUAUUGAUGAAACUGUGAAAACUAGUGACGUCGCUGAUACUUUUGAUGAAAUAGCAUUAUCACCUGCUCAUCAACUCGUAGUUAGCUGUAUUUGGAUGAGCUUAAAGGUUUCCUGUGAAUUGGCCAGUGAGAUCGGCGUACUAAUGUAUUCCGAAGAUAUUGUUCAACGCUCCGUGAAUGUCGUAGCGUCUGUAUUGAUGAGAUGUCGUCAUAAAGGUGCAAUAGAAGGAGCUGGUUUAGCCAUUGCUCAGUUGACCAGAAUUCUAUGCAAAGAAGACAAAUAUAAUAAGAUACCAGAGACUUAUUUAAGAAAUCUAAUAAAAAACGGCAAUAAGACUAAUCCAAAUUUAACAAGACGAGGUGCUGGUCUAUCCAUAAUGUUUCACAAAAUUGUCGCCAGCGAUAAUAGAAAGGACAGGCCUCUUCUACACUUUGCAAUUGGGCUGUUAUUAGAUUCUUUAAAAAAUUCACCACAAAUUUCUACAACAGAUAAUGCAGAAGGUUUACAUGAUUCACCUUGUGCUAGAAAUUUACAUUUUUUGUGCAGUCUAGUUGGCGACAAGGAAUUGCACGCACAGUUAGUUCCAUACUUGGAGGAAAUUUCAUUAAUUUGUUUUACAUACCUGGAAUCUCAAACAUGGACUAUACGAAACGCAAGUCUUCAGUUAUUCGGAGUGAUAGUACCAAGAAUUGUAGGCCAGUGCGUAGGAGGAAAACAACUGGACUUUGGAAAUGGCUAUUCUGUCAAUCAUUUUGUAACGCAUUAUCCUUCACUAGCUCUACACAUUCUUAAGCAUCUUCAAAGUUUCCCGACCAUUCAUAAAUUACAAUUAACCUCAGAUAGUCAUUCCAGUUUGGUACAUAUCCUUACUGUUUUGUCGAAAAUGUCCACCGGUGGCUGCAACUUCAUAGAUUAUUCAUCGAAAGAUUAUCUGAGACAGGCAAAGUACAGUGUCCAUGUACUUUUUGCCAAUCCUGUAGGACAUGUUAGAAUUCUAGCGUCUAAGGCUUACGCAGCUUUGACGGCUUUUCCACAAAUAGCUCAAGAAUUAAUUAGUCUUAAGACAGAUGUCCUCAAAGUCAAAGGUAUUAAUUUAAUUCAUGGACAUUUGUGCGCUAUGCGUUAUCUCAAAGAAAAACUUGCUAACGAGAUGGAGAACGCUAAUCCGUAUUAUCAAUUAUCAAUAAUUGAAAAACAAGAACUUUCCGAGGGAAGUGAUGAUAAAUUUUUCAGAGUCAUGGAAGUAUUGAAUUUUUGGAAGAGUCUGAGCAGCGACAAAUCUGCUGCGCGGCCUUGUUACGUUGUGGAAAAGAUGUUUUUGGAAUUGUCAGAUGUUUCGGAAUUAUCUUUAAAUGAUCUUAUACUAUUUGAUGACACUAAAGAUAAUAAAGUGUCUAUUCUAUCUGCAGAAAGGACAAGACCUGGUUUUUUUGCGUUCGUUCAACUGACAAUGCAGUAUUACACGAAUUACGUCAACCGCACUGGUGAUAUUCAAGUAGAAGUAAUCAACAGAAUUCUCCAUUCACAUUGUCUUGAUCAGAGCAUUAGUUUUUUGAAUCAUUUACAAUUUCAUACUCCUAUCAUAGAAACGAUACUCGAUUACAUGCUAAAAGCAACUGAGACAUCUGCAACUGGACUUUCCGACACAAUGAUUAAUUUUUUCAUUCAAUCCUUGAGGCACCUGUCCAGCUCAGCAAUUACGAAGUUAAAAGAAAAUGAAAAAAUACGAUUGCUGAUUUUAAAACUGAAAGGCAAACAUACAAAUUCAAAGUUGGAACAACUGCGUCGUGUGCUGACAAUAAUUUUCAGUAGAGAAGACGAUGCCAUGAAUGAAAUUAUAUCGUUUAUUUUUAACGCUUCUUCCGACGCGGAUGAAAAAAUUCGACAAUUAGCAACAGAGUAUAUUGAGUUUUUGAUGCGUGAUUUUGCAACCUUACAAAACCACGAUAAAUUGAAAAUUCUAACGUCUUGUUUGCUAUUACUAAAAGACGAAGUUUCUGAGAUAAAAGUAGCUACUAUAAACAAUUUAGAAAUUCUCAAUAACAAUUUUUCCACCGAAAAACGUUCCCAUCGCAUUGCUGAAGUAUUGUAUCACGAAAUACUAACUGAAAUAAUAUCGAACAGAGCAAACUUUGCAAAUUUUUCUAGGAGCGACAUUUAUAAUUUUAUUCAAAUUUGUACAGAUACUGUUAAAUGUUCUGAAACAAUUUCUCAUCUGGAAAGUCCAUUCGAUCACGAGAAUGAUGCAUCUCAGAGAGAAGAAACAAAACUUCUCAAUACACUUUUCUAUUGUAUGAGGUAUACGAUAGAUAACGAUUCAAAAUCACUAGAUUUUACAAAAAUAUUGAGUUCCCAGUAUGAAUUACAGAAAGAAGCAGGAUUAGAUUUAACGGACUUACAAAAAGCAUUGAACACGAAGUACAUGGAUUACCUAAUGGCAAAGAAAAAUGUCGUGAGUAGGAUAACACUGGAACACCUGAUACGAGACCGUUGAUUAAGUUUUUCCUUAUGAUUUAUUAUAAAUAAAAUGCUUUUUUUAUACAAUGACGUAAUUUGCACAUUCAGCUUAAAUCUCCAAAUAAGAAGGAAAAAAAUGGUGGGCAAAUUAUGAUCUAGGUAAUACAGGAUUUACGCUAAUUAACAUACUAAAGACGUUUUUCCCUAAUAGAACAAUUUUCUUUUCUAAACUAACGUAUGUCGAAAAAUUUUAUAAUUAAAAGAAAACAUUGCCGAUUUCUGUCAUCAGGGACAAAAAAUAAACAGAAGGAGCUCUAACAUUUUCUGUUCCAUUACGAAUAUCUUUGUUAUUAGAUAUGCGGUCUGCAUGCUCUCUCGUCACUUACAGAGAGGAUCUUCGCAUUAGUAUCAUUAUUAUUAUUAUUAUGCAAAAAUUGAGCAAAAAUAAUUGAUUACUCGAAACAGAUUAUGUGUAUCAUUUUCAAUUUAUGAAUACAUAUACUUAAAUAAGGGGCAGACACGAUUCUCCCUCAAUUCUUAAGGAUCCCUCGACUAAACAUGUACAAGCAUUUUUGUACAAUUGUGUCUUUGUCUCCCAUCAAUAGCAGUUCGUAACUUUGUAUAUUUACAAGAAUUCUCCUACGACAGAGCAGAACGCGUUCACUCAUGAUUCUUACAAAUUAUUCGAAAAAUCAUAGACUCCAAAGAGGAAUAAGUGACAAACGUAUAAGUGCGACAUCUUGACUCCCUGAAUGCAUGCUCUAAGAGACAAUCCAUACUCUAGCAUAUUCUUUUUUUUUUCAUUAUUAGUAUUAUAUUUCCUAUGUAAUUGUAUAUUAGUCAAUAAAUUUUAACCACCUA